AUGCCAAAUGUUGGUAAAUCUACACUUUUUAAUGCACUGACUGAAUCAACAAAGGCAGAAGCAGCCAAUUUCCCAUUCUGUACUAUUGAACCAAACGUUGGUGUCUGUACAGUUCCAGAUGAAAGAUUGGAAUUACUUGCUGAAAGGGCAAAAACCAAGAAAAUUGUUCCAACUUACAUUGAAGUGAUUGAUAUUGCAGGUUUAAUUAAAGGAGCAGCUGAAGGAAAGGGAUUGGGUAACAAAUUUUUGAGUCACAUUAGAGGAGUGAACUGUAUUGCACAAAUGGUGAGAUGUUUCGAAGAUGUGAAUAUUACACACGUCGAAAAUAGUGUUGAUCCAGUGAGAGAUGUUCAAAUUAUUGAAUCAGAAUUAAUGCUCAGUGAUUUGGAUGUUGUUGAAAGAAAUAUGAAGAGAAAGGAAAUUCAAGCAUCAAAGGAUAAGAUGGAUUUAUUGAAAAAGUGUCAUGAAACAUUGAUUGAGGAAAAUUCACUUUAUACAGUUAAAUGGACAGCUGCUGAAAUAGCCAUUUUGAAACAAUUUAACUUUUUAACAACCAAGAAAAUUUUAUAUAUUUGUAAUGUGGAUGAACAGACAAUUAUUGAUGGAGGAAACACACAUACACAAGCACUUAUAGAACAUAUUAAGAAGAGAGGAAAUACUGUUGAACCAGUUAUUGUCUGUGCUCAAUUGGAAUCUGAAGUUGCUCAAUGUGAACCAGAAUCAAGAGCUGAACUUUUGAAUGAAUAUGGGUUGAAACAAACUGGUCUCGAGAGAAUUAUCACAUCAUCUUAUGAAUUGUUGGAUCUCAUUACUUAUUACACUGUUGGUGUGCAAGAAACAAGAGCUUGGACUGUUACUAAAGGAAGUACUGCUCAAGAAUCAGCAGGUGUAAUUCACAGUGAUUUUGAAAAGGGAUUCAUCAAGGCAGAAACCAUUAAUUGGAAGGAUUAUUUGGAUUGCGAUUGUGACGAUGCCAAGGCCAAGAGAAAGAAUCUGAUUAGACAGGAAGGAAAAGAAUAUAUUACUCAAGAUGGUGACGUUUAUAACUUUAAGGUUAAGGCAUAA